AUGGGACAGGGAGUGUCUUACGUGAAAACCAGCACAGAAUCUCAAGGGAAACGCAAGCAGACCAAUAACAAAAAUGAGGAGAAUGAGAGAGGCAAGAGGGGACGCACAAAGUCAGGAGGAGGGGCAUUACAUGCAAAAGAAUUUGUUCGAGAUCUCCGCCGAAUAGUGCGGGAAAAGAAGCCCAACGUGGUUUUCCUCAUGGAGACCAAGUUAUGUAAUACUCGGAUGGAAAGGGUGCGGCUUCAAUUAGGUUUCGAUAAUAUGUUCGUGGUGGAUAGCGUGGGUCGAAGUGGGGGAUUGGCUUUAAUGUGGCAAUAUGACUCCGGUGUGGAAAUUCUAAAUUUCAGCCGACGACACAUUAAUGCAAAGGUGAGUUCUCAUUCGGAUGGUGUACCUUGGAAGCUUACGGGCUUCUACGGUCAACCAAAUGCGAGUAAGAGAAUGGAAGGGUGGAGUCUUCUUCGACAUAUUGCGAAAUUAGAGCCGGAGCCGUGGGUUUGUGUGGGGGAUUUCAAUGAAAUCCUUAAUCUAUCGGAAAAAUUUGGAGGACAUGGCCGACCAAGUAAAUUGAUGGAAGAUUUUCAAUCUGCCUUGGAUGAUUGUGGACUUUCAGAAUUGGGGUUUAGAGGGCCGAAGUAUACUUGGAGCAAUUGCCAAGAGGGGCCGGGCCUUAUAAAGGAGAAACUGGAUAGGGUGGUGGCAAAUCAAGCAUGGUGUGAGCUGUUUUGUGGGGCGGAAGUUUCUGUUACAGCAGCCAUUAGUUCAGACCACUCUCCAAUUUUCUUGCAACCUUUGGGAUUCAGUUUUGAACGACAGCAGCAGAAGCGGUUCAAAUACGAGAUGGGAUGGGAAUUGGAUCCACAAUACCGUGACAUUAUUGAGGAGGCUUGGGGUGGACAGCAGGGUCAUGAGGAUCCGUGGCACACCCUUUCUUGCAAGGUGUCAUCUUGUCAAAACAGGUUGCUGCAGUGGAGGCGUAAGGUUGUGGCACCAAAAUGGAACUUUAAUAAGCAAUGUGAACAGCUGGCGGCCAUGCAGGGGGAUGAGAAUAAUCUGGAGUGGGGUGAAAUCUCGAAACUCCAGGAUGAUUUGAAACUUCGCAUGGCACAAGAGGAGUUACGAUGGCGUCAACGGGCAAAGAUUGAUUGGCUAAAAUUUGGUGAUAAAAAUACAAAAAUUUUUCAUGCUUGUGCCAACCAACGACGAAGGAGUAACCAUAUAAAAUCUAUAAUUGAUGAGAAUGGAGUGUUUUGGGAGAAUGACGUAGGAGGUGCCUUCGUUAACUAUUUUAGUACCCUGUUUAACUCUGAAGGGGUUGAGCAUAUUGUGGAUGGGUUGGAAGGACUAGAGGGGCGGAUCACAGCUGCAAUGAACGAAGAUUUGUCAAAACCUUUUACUGAAGAUGAGGUACGGACAGCUUUGUUUCAAAUGGCCCCUCAAAAAGCGCCGGGUCCGGAUGGAUUCCAUGCGGGAUUCUUCCAAAAAAAUUGGGAUAUUGUAGGACCUGAGGUCAUUGCAAAUAGAUUAAAAAUGGUCUUGCCCCACAUAAUAUCUCAGACCCAGAGUGCUUUUAUUCCAGGGCGGCUGAUUACGGAUAAUGUCCUAGCCGCCUAUGAGACUUUACAUACAAUGCAUUCCAGAAUGAGGGGUAAGCAGGGAUAUAUGGCAGUGAAAAUCGACAUGAGCAAGGCUUAUGACCAAGUGGAAUGGGGGUUUUUGAAAGUAGUCAUGGAGAGGAUGGGAUUUACCCGGAAUUGGAUAGAGCUCAUCAUGCAGUGUGUUAGCACUGCUCAUUACGCGGUCCUAGUAAACGGGAUUCCAACGGGAAAGAUUAUCCCAACCCGAGGAAUUCGACAGGGAGACCCGAUUUCACCCUAUCUCUUUCUCAUUUGCGCGGAGGCUUUGAGUACUAUGUUGACUAAGGCAGACUAUUCGGGAGAGUUGAGGGGGGUCCCUACUUCAAAAAGGGGUCCUCGUCUUAACCACCUCUUUUUUGCUGACGAUAGUUUGUUGUUUUGCAGAGCAGAUAUUUGUCACUGGACUAGACUCACAACCAUUCUUAAGUCAUAUGAGCUAGCUUCGGGCCAAAGGUUGAAUUCUUCAAAGACGGCUAUUUUCUUUAGUCGCAAUACGUUGGUGGAGACUAAGGAGCAAAUUUUGGAGGUUGUUGGGAUCCCAAGCUCACAACGGUAUGACACAUAUUUGGGACUUCCGGCAUUGGUUGGAAAAUCACGGUCAAAAGAAUUUAAAGGUAUUAUUGAUCGUGUAUGGAAGCGCCUUCAAGACUGGAAAUUAAAAUUCCUCUCCCAAGCGGGGAAGGAAAUCUUGCUAAAGGCAGUCAUACAAGCCAUCCCAACAUACUAUGCAAAUCUGGGAAAUAAGCCGUCGUUCGCGUGGAGAAGUAUAUGGGGGGCGAGGGACCUGCUUGAAAGGGGGUUGUAUUCUCGUGUUGGCAAUGGGCAGAAAACAAGAAUCUGGGGGGAUAAAUGGGUCCCCAUUCCAGCCACUUAUUCCAUCCAAUCCUAUCCUCGAGUUCUAGCUCCGGACGCUACUAAAGUUCGGAUAGAGGGGCAUUAUGUGAUUUUUGGAGGCUGUUGUGGAAGUUACAAGUGCCCAAUGGAGAAAAAAACUUUCUAUGGAGAGCUUGCCGUGAGAUUUUGCCCCACCAAAGCUAAUCUGUGCAAACGGAAGGUCAUCACUGAUCCUUAUUGCCCAAUAUGUGGUCUUGCUGAAGAAACUAGUAUUCACAUCUUAUGGGAGUGUCCUUCGGCGCGCGAUGUAUGGAGUGGGUGUGGGCGAAAAUUGCAGAAAAGUUCUUUUGGAGGACCAUCUUUCUGUCAUGUGGCCGAGGAAAUUUUCAAGCGAUGUGAGGUAGCUGAGAUCAACAUUUUUGUGGGUUUAGCCAGAAAGAUCUGGUUUAGACGAAAUACAGUGAUUCAUGGAGGCCCCUUUCUUCAUCCCAAUCUUAUGGUUCAACAGGCGGAGGAAGCUGCAGCAGUUUUCGCGUCUGUGCAGACCACGGGCAGCAUCACAGAACCGCGACCAAGCCAAGAUAAAUGGGUAGCUCCUCCUCUUGGGUGGUAUAAAAUAAAUUGGGACGCUGCUCUGUGUAAACGGCAGGAAAAGACUGGGGUGGGUGCUGUAAUUCGCGACUGGGAAGGGAAAAUAUUGGCUGUACGUGGGUUGACAAGGUCUGGCUGUUUGGAUCCUCUGGCGGCGGAAGCAUGGGCAGGAACCCAAGCUCUCGAAUUAGGGAAGGAAAUGGGGCUGUCUCAGAUUUUAUUAGAAGGGGAUGCAAAGGUGGUGGUGGAGGCGGUCAAUGCAGUGACCACCGACGGGAGCACAAUUGGUCACCUGGUGGAUGACAUGAAAGUUUUGUUGUCGGCCUUUCGACAGUGGCGGGUGCAGCAGGUGGGUCGCGAGCUAAAUAAGAUGGCCCAUACAAUUGCUCGACAGGCUGUCAGGGAGGGAAUUGAGCGAACAUGGAUUGGGGUUGUUCCUGAUUGUAUCCGGGAAAUAUACUAA